AUGGACAGAAGUUGUGAGGAUGUUUGGCUAGAAAUGUUUCAAGAAAUCCGCAACUAUGCCGUUCUCGUGCAAAAUUUGCCAAUGACCGAGGAAACUGCAAAACUCGUCCGUGACGCGAAUGUGGUCUUCACGUACAUAUUCCGUUGCAGAGCCAAUUGCAUGAUCAAUCGUCAUUAUCACAACAUAGUUGAAUUGUGGAUUAUAUGCCACAAGUCGAUGCUUUCGGUAAUGCGCAACUUCAUCCAAAAGGCUCAAGACGAGAAAAUGGAUGAAUGA